AUGCUCCAUUUUUCUCCAACUGUUUUCCACAAAAUAGCUGGUGUAUCUGGAGUAUUGGCUAUUGCAUUAGGUGCAUACGGAUCUCAUGGUAAUUAUACUCAUUUUCAUUUUACGUACUCCACUAGCAAACUGUGUUAAUGUCUUGUUUUGAGUAAAAUUUUAUGAAACAGUGGUCGAAUCACUUAAACGACAUGUGAAUCGAUCAAUAUAGGACGUACAACCAUGAAACUUUCUGAUUUACAAUCUUAUUACAGCCUCGUUCCUUAAUGAAGAAGACGCCAAAAAAUACAAAGAGGUAAAUUCAAAUAAACAAUAUUGGGAAUCUGCUUUUGUUUUUUUUCUUAAGUUAAGACAUAUCCCUGAUCUUAAAUUUAGGUGCAAUGUUAGGAACAAAAAUCAGUGAUUAAAAAAAUUGUAAUUAGCUGCUUACUUAAAAGGAUACCCCAGUUCAUAUGCACUUGCACAUCUCCCUGGAUGGAGACAUUUUGAAGGCUUAUGACAUCUUUUCUUUUUCAGUCCUUCAUGACUGGUAACCUGUAUCACCAUCUUCAUAAUUUGGUGUUAUUAGCUGUUCCCUUUACUAAAAGACCCAAUCUGGUAAGAUAAAGCUGUUCUAAUAGCUUAACUACAAAUUAGGUGUGAUGCUGAAAGAUUAAUCUUUUUGAGCCUUGAACCACAACAUACCUUCUCAUCAUUUUUGUGGAUAAUGAAUUGAAGUUGUAGAAGGAAGUAACCUGCCACACAUUGUGGGAAUUCAGAGAAACACUCCACCCCCCUCCCCUCCAAAAGUAAGCUAGACUUGAAAUAGUUGCCUGGGACUUUAAUUUGAGAAUCUAUGUUUGUAAUCAAAUACUAAAUUUAGUAAGUGGCUUUUUUUUUUCUGAAUUAGGCUGGCAGUUUAAUUUGUACUGGAAUUCUUCUAUUUUCUGGCAGGUAAAUGUACAUCAACUUUGCAAGUUAGCUUACUAUGUCAAUUUUUUUUAAAGCUCUUUAAACUUAAAUUGUAACAAUUUCAACCCCUGAUAUCGUGUUUGCCUUAUAACAAAGAUGGAUUUUUUUCAAAUGCUGCUUUCUUACUUUUUUACUUACUUAAAUGUACUUAAUCCUGUUUGAGCAAAAGCUCCACAUGACGCCUAGUGCAUCAAUUGCUAGAGCUGUAUAGCAGAUGACCAUUGUUGAGUCUGGUUCCAGGCCCUCCUUGCCUCUUUUGCCAUGGUGGUGGUUGGCUUUAUCCAAUUAGAGUGUGGUGUUGGCAUAGAAGUUGCUAUAAUUCCUUGUCUGCCCUGUCCUGUCCUGUUCAUCUUGUUUCACUCUUCUUAGAAGAAGACCAAGGGCUAGGUCUAUAAUAUGAAUUUUUGUUAUCAUCCAAACAAAAAUCAUUUUCACAAGAAACAUUUUGCAGUCUAAUUGUAAUGAUUGUGCCUUUUUGGAGAAGUUGGGAUUGGCACAUUACUGGAGAAACUUUUUAAUUUUAUAACUGUACCUCAUAAUAUACUUUUUUUGUAAUUGUACUUUGAUUUAUUUUGUACUAAAAAAUAUUUUACCAUUUCUUUGUUUCAGUUGUUAUUUAGUUGGACUAAAAAAGGACAGAUCAUAUGGAAAGUUAGCUCCGUAUGGUGCAUACUUCCUUAUGGCUGGAUGGUUAACAUUUGCAUUUUAACUACCUGAUGAAGAUGGGAUAACUUUGCUGGCUAAAAUAUGUGAAUGGGCAAAACCUCAUUUUAACAAUCAACUGAGUUUCUUGACUUGCUUACAGAGUUACACAGUAGCUUCUAUAGAAACUAAAGCAAUUUUUAGUCUAGUGUCUAAAGUAAAUCAGGAUUUCUUUAGUUUUUACUUCACUUUGCUCUUUGAUUGGUCCAGAAAAGUUGAACCACCCUCUCAACCAAUCAAAUGAAAAGACUGUAAUUAAUCACGUGAUGGUCUCUCUCGUUUUCCCGGACUGUGCUCUGAUUGGCUGUAGUGAUCACUUUGGCUAUGGUUUUACAACAUGUAAUUGAAAGGCUCUCUUGUCCCAUGGUUUAUGACAUGAGAUAACUUUGUUCGGUAACAAACUACUGAAACAAAGAACUUAUCGUGCCACCCGGGAUCCCUUUAUGUCUUACCUUGAAAAAGCGCCGCCGGACCCAAAUAUUGGACGGUCAUUCCUAGUUUCUUAAAUAUAGAAAAGCGCUGCCCUAAAAAGCCCACACGAUUUCUAGAACAAUGCGGAUAGCGGCACACUCUUCUAUGACUACUUCGUGUAAUUGUUUGGGUGCCGUUGCUAUGUUUUCCGAGUGAUGUUUUAUUGUCACAGAUCUGCAGAUUGUAAGGAAACCGCGAUUACAGGUUAAAAUUUUUUGUAUUGGUGGCCUCACGCAAAGCUGUGUCAAAUUGGCGUGUUUAAAAAAAAACGCAGAAUCCAUCGGCGAUAUAGGAAAAGAUUUUGCGCUUAUGGCGUCCUGAAAAAAUCACGAUUCCUACCUAAAAGCAGUUUUCCAGUUUCCAAUGAGAAAAGAGUAGAAUUGCAUACGCCCACUAACAAUAUCUUUGCACACUCUGUUGCUAAUAAAACGCCCACAUAUUCCGCUAAGCGUUGGAGGACUUAAAGAAUUCUAGAUUAUUCUGAAUAAGCAAAGAGCGAUGGUGAAUUAUUCUGAUGUCCCAAGGAAAUUUUAUAAACUCACAUUCAAUACAAUCUGCAAUUUACAAAUAAAAACUGUCAAAAGUGCUAAGCCUCAACAGUCGAACCCUUGGGAGUACCUGGCGUCUAAAAUAAAGGAAUAAAGGAAAUGAUAACCAAUUUCAGGAGCUCCUGAUUGUCAAACAAAUUCUCCUCUUCAGUAACAUAAAAAAAGUGAAUCGACUAGUGUGGAGAAUAUGAGGACAAAUUUUCAGGAUAUAAAGGGUUGAACGUUCGCGGUUUUUUCAGUGCGAUCAAUCAUUUUCGAGGAGACGAUUCAGUAGCU